GAGAGCCAAAAGCUAUGGGGAGGAAGAUUCGUGAAGCCCACAGAUCCCAAGCUGGAGAAGCUGAACUGUUCGCUCGCCGUGGACAAACGCAUGUAUGCUGAAGACAUCGAGGGCAGCAAAGCGUACGCUCAUGCCUUGCAAAACAUCAAUUUGCUCACGGAGGACGAGGAGGCGCAGAUCUGCCAGGGUCUGGAUAAGAUCAGAAUCGAAUGGGACAACACUGAGUUUGUGACGCUGAGCGAAGACGAAGACAUUCAUAGCUCAAACGAAAGACGUCUGAAGGAGCUGAUCGGCGAGCCGGCCACUAAACUCCAUGUGGGGCGCAGCCGAAACGACCAAGUGGUUACCGACAUGAAGCUGUGGAUGAAAACGAACCUGGCCGUCCUCAGGAAGGCCGUGGAAGAGUUAAUCCACGUCAUCGUCAAGCGAGCGCUGCAGGAAAUCGACGUCAUCAUGCCAGGCUACACUCAUCUGCAGAGGGCGCAGCCCGUUCGAUGGAGCCACUAUUUACUAAG